AUGGUCCAAUCAUACGCCCAACACAAUGAUGCUCUCCAAGCCUUCCACAAAUGGACGCGUUCUUCGGAAGCGCAAGUGCCAGGGAUUGGGGGUCCUGAUUUUGAGACGACAUGCCGAUUCAUUCCCCGAUCAAAUCUGGCAAAUUACUUCAAAAGACCUCAUCAAGUUGAGAAUCUACUCGACGCCGUGCUAAAACCGGACGAGAGACCCGCAGUAGAGGCGAAUUAUGUGCGGGAACAUUAUCUGCAAUCUUUCGCAACCCUUUUGUGCAUUUCAGAGGGGGCCAUGAUUCACCACUUCCAGCAAUACAAAUCCUUGCGGGACCAGAAGUUGCCAUACCGCACCCGACCAGAUGAUUUCCCUAUUACAACGCCGGAUAAGUUUGAGGAAUUCAAGGACGCACAAUGGCAAUUUUGCGCCUCGAACCUCGAAUACAACAUGAAUGAUCGCUUCAAAGAGGAGGACAUCCUGCCUAUAACACGCAAAGAGAAGAUCGGAGAAGGGGGAAGCGCCAUCAUCUACAAAAUUGUGGUUGACGAAAACUACAAUUCGCUACGACCGCGUGGUCAUGUCAUACCGAAGCGCCGCCGCCAGCACAAGAACACGUUUGUUCUGAAAACUUAUCGAGCUGCGGAUGCUGAAGAAAACUACAAAGCUGAGCGUGACGCAUACAUGAAACUGAGAUGGGCGGGAAAGCCAUCUCCUCACAUAAUUGCCUACUACGGUGGCUUCAUUCACGGCGAUUCAUACAACAUCAUUUUGGAGUAUGCAGACCAAGGAACCCUAGAGGAUUUCAUGAGAAACACGAAGUCGCCGUCAACAAUCGAAGAUACCGCAAUAUUCUGGGAUAGGCUUUUUGGUGUCACACAUGGCAUAAUGACCAUUCAUGGUAACAUUGGGAACUACAGCUCGGUAUCUCAGAUCAUAAACGGCUGGCAUCAAGACGUUAAACCAGCCAACAUUUUAGUAUUUAGUGGAAACGGAGAUUCACCAUAUGACUGUCAUUUCAAGAUCGCAGACCUUGGACUCGCUCAUUUCAAACCCAACGUCUCCCAGCCAAAUGAUCCCUCAGACUUGGACGCCUUUGGUACUCGCGCAUAUGGUGCACCGGAGACUUUCAGAUCCCACAUAGACAUGGAAGCUUCCCCUUUACAAGUUACACAGGCCGUGGACGUAUGGUCGAUUGGCUGUGUGUUCAGCGAAGCAUCGGUUUGGGCUCAUCACGGCUGGAAAAGAGUUGUUGAAUACAGACGUCAGCGAAGCUUGGAGAUCAAGGCUAAAGGAGGUGAUGAGGGUGAACACGUCUUUCACUUUGGUGGCAAUCUCCUCGACGCGGUUGACAACAUACAUCAAGAUAUAUUAAGGGCAAAACAGACCAAGGAUCAUAUUACUCGGUCAGUAGUGGACCGCCUUGUUGUUGAGAUGUUGCAGCAUGAGACCCGGCCCCACGCUAUGUAUCUUUUCGAUAAGUCAAAGCGACUUAUUAAAGAUGCCGAAAAGAAAUUCGAUGUCUCUGUGGUUGGGCUCGUGGGAAACAUUAAUGGCGAGCUUGUCGAUUCUAACGAAGCCAGGGUCGGGGCUAGGAGUCCUCCUCAAGUCCCACAUGACCAUUAUCGCGUACGAGGGGAAAGAGAGUUGCCACUGCGGGAACCUCUUCCGCCUGACGACGAUUCCGCGUGGUCGUCUUCGUCUUCGAGAUCGCAAUCAUCUUCUCACAGGCAUCACCAUAAGUCAGCAAGCCAAAGCAGUAGACCACGCAGCACUGGUGCCAAAGGAAGCUCACCAGCUGGCGCACAAGGCUCACAUGUCAUUCCUCUCCCAGCAACCCCGUCUUCAACCGUUGCUAACACUCAUCAAAAUUCUCCGCAGCAGCAUGUACAGCAGCCUCAAGAGGAGCCGGUACGACCUACUCUAUCCAUCAAUGAAGGCCAUGAAUGGAAGAGGAAGAAGAAAAGUGGUGAAUAUACCGUGUUGCGUGGAGAGGAAAACCUGACUUCUCUGGAUAAGAGAGAUCAUAUUUUUUUGAUUGAUACCUCUGCCACGAUGAAGCAGUACAGUAGAGAAAUAGAACGCGUCAUCUCAUUGUUGGCAUACAUGGUCAAGAAGUCAGACAAAGACGGCCUCGACAUCUUCUUCACCCAGAGCCGGAAAAAGGUCAAUUCGCGGAAAUCCUCGAAACUCUCGUCCUCGAUACACCAGGAGCCCUUCGUGGGGGUGUCAGACAUGCGAGGAAGGCUACAAAACAUUCUGCAAGAGCAUAUAAAUAAAUUUGGCACAUUGAUUUACCCCCCGAGAACGGUGUACGGACGUCAACCUCCUCCGCAACCGCAAAGGCCCCUGAGCUUCUACAUCCUGACAGACGCUAAGUGGCAGCCCACUGACGUUGAGGGUCUCAUCAGAGACCUGGUCCAAAGUAUGAUUGCCAAAAGAUGCCCUAAGGAACAUGUUGCCAUCCAGUUCAUCCGGUUUGGCGAUGAUCAAGCGAGCAUAGAUAAGCUUGAUAAACUAGACCACGGUCUCGGUCUCAAGGCCAUUGGCAUGGAUAUUGUGGAUCACACCUACUGGGAUGGCAACGUCUGGAAGCAGCUGCUAGGCUCCCUCAACGACUGGUACGACGAUGAUCCGACCUAA